AUGGGUAAUACGCCAUCUGGUCUCCCACCGCUUGGUGGUUCUGGUGACGACAAGAAUAAAGAAGAUAAGGAUAAAGAUAAGAAAAAGAAAUGGGAACCACCGCUUCCAACCCGCGUCGGUAAAAAGAAGAGAAGGGGUCCAGACGCAACCUCAAAAUUGCCUGCCGUCUUUCCGACAACGCGUUGUCGAUUAAAACUUUUGAAAAUGGAACGCAUAAAAGAUUACCUGUUGAUGGAGGAGGAAUUCGUUCAAAAUCAAGAACGACUAAAACCGCAAGAGGAAAAGGCGCAGGAAGAACGGACGAGGGUGGAUGAUCUGAGAGGGUCUCCUAUGGGAGUUGGCACCUUGGAAGAAAUUAUUGAUGACGAACACGCAAUUGUUUCUUCUUCUACUGGUCCUGAGUAUUAUGUCAGCAUAUAUUCGUUCGUGGACAAAGACUUAUUAGAGCCUGGAUGUUCGAUCUUAUUACACCACAAGGCACGUUUAAAUUAUAGGGCGAUGUCUGUUGUUGGUGUACUUCAAGAUGAUACAGAUCCAAUGGUCAGUGUCAUGAAACUUGAAAAGGCGCCUACGGAAUCAUAUGCAGAUAUUGGUGGUUUAGAACAACAAAUUCAAGAGAUUAAAGAAUCUGUGGAAUUGCCUUUAACUCACCCCGAACUGUACGAAGAAAUGGGUAUCAAGCCUCCAAAAGGAGUUAUCUUAUAUGGUGUCCCUGGGACUGGAAAAACGCUUUUGGCCAAGGCAGUGGCGAAUCAAACGUCUGCAACAUUUUUGCGUGUUGUAGGGUCAGAGUUAAUUCAAAAAUACCUCGGAGAUGGUCCAAAACUCGUACGCGAAUUGUUUCGUGUAGCCGAAGAACAUGCACCUUCUAUUGUCUUUAUUGAUGAGAUUGAUGCCAUUGGAACGAAACGUUAUGAUUCAAAUUCCGGUGGCGAGAGGGAAAUUCAGAGAACUAUGUUGGAACUUCUAAAUCAACUGGAUGGGUUUGAUUCUCGAGGUGAUGUCAUCAUGGCGACGAAUCGUAUUGAAUCACUGGAUCCUGCUUUGAUUCGUCCAGGGCGUAUUGACCGAAAGAUAGAAUUUCCAUUACCAGACGUGAAAACGAAACGUCGUAUAUUUAACAUUCAUACAAGCAGAAUGACAUUGUCAGAUGAUGUGGAUCUUGAGGAGUUUGUAAUGUCCAAGGACGAUUUGAGUGGUGCAGAUAUUAAAGCCAUCUGUACUGAAGCUGGUCUGUUGGCUCUACGAGAGCGGCGCAUGAAAGUAAUUGCUGAGGACUUUAGGAAAGCACGAGAAAAGGUCCUUUAUCGUAAAACUGAAGGCACACCCGAAGGACUUUACUUAUAG